AUUUAGCAUGCCAGCGUCGUUGCCUUUUAAACUAGCAUAGCCCACUUGCUACAUUUUGUUUGGAAUAAUUCAAUCAGUUGCGAUUCUAUUUUAUCACACAUCAAGCUAGCUAGUUAUGUUCUGAGCUUUAGCAUUGUGGUCCUCGUUAACAUUAUUAGCCACUUUUAAUUCAGUUAGCGUUAUUUACUUGCGCCAGCAUAGUUAUCUAAAUUAACCCACAUUUUGCCUGUUAUUUGCAUAGCUAGUGUUAUCAAAUUAUAGUAAUUUAGUUAUUUUCUUUGCCGAUGCCAUACGAGUUUGUUUUACGCACUUGAAGUAUCUAGCUAACUGGCUACUUAGCGAGCUAAUUUGGUAAUUAGCUACACUAGCUAGCGCGAGCUGGUGUUCUGUGAACGAUGCACACUGGUCUUGGCGCUGCCUUUUCCAGUCUGCGAAAACAAUACUCUGUUUUGAUAAGCCCCUUUGAACCACCGCAAGUUUGAUUUAUUGAUGUAUGCCUCUAGCUAGAAAGGUGUUUGGACAUUUUGUUUUGUCUUAAUUUUUUUGCAUUAUUUUGAAUGCAUAUUUUAUUCGCCGGACAGAACGCUUUUCUUCUUGUUUUAGCGUGAGGCGCUGUCUGCCAGCUCCCUAGUUAGUGCAUGUGUCCGUUGCUUUUUUCCCUGUAUGUUUCUCAGGGCUACACAGCUAGCUUGCCAGUUGCUUAGCUAGCAGCAUUUAUUCGCUAGUUUACCGUGGUUAUUGACGAGCAACACAAACCGUUUAUGAAUGUGGAACUGCUUUGGAAUUUAAUUUUUUAGGUUAACUAGCUGGCUGUAAUUAAUUACUAUCAGCCAGUGGCGUAUGAUUUGCGCUGGGGGUUUCAUUGUUAGCUAGCUUAUCUGGCUAAUUGUGUGAAUUCGAUUGUGAGGAAAGGACCUGGGUUAUUUUGAAAGUAGCUAUGGAUGAUCAGACGCGAAUGCUGGCAGGUCUCGCCGGACUCGGCGGGUUAUCACAAGGCGACGUUGGCGACCCAGACUCGGUUAGAAAACAGCUCGGUCAACCGCAACAAGACAUUGGGGAUAUUCUACAACAGAUCAUGGCCAUCACAGACGAAAGCCUGGACGAGGCGCAGGCCAGGAAACACGCCCUGAACUGUCACAGAAUGAAGCCCGCCCUCUUCAGUGUUCUGUGUGAGAUCAAAGAGAAGACGGUGCUGAGUAUCCGAGGCAUUCAGGAUGAGGACCCCCCAGACCCCCAGAUCAUGCGUCUGGACAACAUGCUACUGGCCGAGGGCGUGUCUGGCCCGGAGAAGGGCGGGGGCUCGGCUGCAGCGGCAGCGGCUGCAGCAGCAGCAGGAGGGUCGCCCGGCGCCGACGGAGGCGUCGAACACUCAGACUACAGAGCCAAGCUGGCCCAGAUCAGACAGAUCUACCACUCUGAGCUGGAGAAAUAUGAACAGGCAUGCAGUGAGUUCACCAACCACGUGAUGAACCUGCUGAGGGAGCAGAGUCGCACGCGGCCCAUCUCUCCCAAGGAGAUCGAGCGCAUGGUGGCCAUCAUCCACCGCAAGUUCAGCUCCAUCCAGAUGCAGCUCAAACAGAGCACCUGCGAGGCCGUCAUGAUCCUACGCUCCAGAUUCCUCGACGCCAGGCGUAAGAGGCGUAACUUCAACAAGCAGGCUACAGAGGUUCUGAACGAGUACUUCUACUCCCACCUGUCCAAUCCCUACCCCAGUGAGGAGGCUAAAGAAGAGCUGGCCAAGAAGUGUGCCAUCACCGUCUCCCAGGUUUCUAAUUGGUUCGGCAACAAGAGAAUACGGUACAAGAAGAACAUUGGUAAGUUCCAGGAGGAAGCGAACCUCUACGCAGUUAAAACAGCGGUGGAUGCUGCCAGCGUGUCGGCGCAGGCUAGCCAGGCUAACUCUCCGGCGACGCCCAACUCAGGUGGAUAUCCUGCACCGUGUUACACGCCUGACGGCAGGCUAUGAGGAGCUGACCGCUAGCGCCCUCUACGCCCCACACCGCCUCGAAACUAGCAACAGCUGGCAGGACAACACCCACCCCUCCUGUGUCACUUCUCCACCAGGUCCCCCUGGCAGCGUACACUCUGACACCUCCAACUGAGACACCCCUCUUCCUCCACCACAGAGACCUCUUUCUUUUGGGAUAUGCUCAGACUACCCACUUACACCCCCCCCCCCCCCCAUCCUCCUUCCUGCCUACCUCUCCACUACCGGUCCGGACUGGGCAACUCAUGCCAGGCGCUGUGUAUACACACAUACACACUCUCAAACACACACUUCUGUGGACUGUUAAGAUGGACAAGUGAACAGAAGACAUUUACCUUCCACACUACAGAAAUUCUGGAGGUUCGUUUUUGUCUUCAUAUUGAAUGAGGAGACUGACUGGCGCCUGAUCAUGACAUCAUAACCCCUCGCCGCCUCCAGGACCUUUGACCUUUGGGGAACUACUAACUCAACCUGGCUGUGUAGGGCAGGUGAUGAUCACUGAUGAUGUCUGUACAUUACCUGUGUAAAUGCUCAUGUCAACUCCAGUGUUCACAGCCUGCCCAUUACCUAUCCCUUGUGAGGUUCUGGUGUUGACGCGUGUGAUAGUAGUCACACACACACACUCUGGCGAUACGGAUCACAAGACGAGCUCUGCUCACCUUGCUUGUACCAAAGUGAUGUCCUCUCUCCUCCUUCCCCCAACCUGAUAGUUUUCACCCCCCUUCUGUUCCUCUGAGAACCAACUAGUAACACAAAGACACCGCUGUUGUUUCUCCCAUCUUUUAGUAUUGAGUGAGUGCAUUAUAGGUCAGACCAUGCACACACACACACACCACCCACUUUUACAACCCCUCGUAUGGAAGGUGGACACAGAUCUGUCAAGCACAAACUUUUGCACCUUUUUACAGGUGCGUCUACCUGGCGACAGUAGUUCUGGGGAGUUGAGCAUACAGUUGGCUUGAGGGCAGGACUGAAGAUGGAGCGGGGAAAUGAGCGAUCCUCUUUAGUCCUUCAGAGGUCGUUUCUAUCGCGUCCCCCUUCGGUUAGUCAUCAAAAGCUAUAGACUCUUUUGUAGGCGUUUACUUUCCUCUGUCAACUACUUUUAGUUGAUUGUAGCCUUUUUCUUUCUAGUGUUUCACAAAGAAAUGCACCAGCCACCAAAUAAACAAAGUUUAUUUAUAGAACUUAAAUGUGGUGUUGGGAUGGUGAAAUGGGUGGAAUGAAAUACAUUUUGGGGCAGAGAGAUGGCUAUGUCAUUGAGGGGACAAAAUGUGACAUGAAAAUGUUAAAAAAAUAUUUGUGACCGUCUUCCAAUGCAUGUAGGCUUUUUAGGUGUUCAGUGAUGGUUCUCAUUUAAAUAUUCAAGUUAUUUAGCUUCUUCACUUUUGUUUUCUCAAAGACACAGACCAAAAAGGAGUAAUGCGUUAUGCUGUAUGUACAGAGUUCUUAGAUGUUUCAAUCGGGAUGGGUUAAUGAAUACAGCCCAGCCUUACGGGGUAAUGCUGGGCCGUAUUCAUUAGGAACUAAACAGGGAGGGACUUACCUGAAUUUGUCCAACAAGAAAAGUUUUUUUGUUUUUUUUUGCCAUUACUAAACAUUUUUGCUACGGUGCAAAACGUUUCACUUUCGGUGUACACUAAUGAAUAGGACCCUGGGUUUAUACUCCACCAAACGGUCUCUGGAUCAGAACUUUGCUGGGGCAUGCACUGAAGUGAGUGAAGUCACAUAGAGGUUAUGGAGUACAUUCAGCCUUUACAUUUUUUUAAUCAGUUCGUCUUUGGUGAAUUUAACAACUGUGGCCUCCCCACUAGCAGGGUAUUGUUCAGUAGGGCGAAAACAUUUUAAAACCGAGUGAUACAGGUAGAUGCUACUACCUGAACUUAUCCAAUAGGAAUGCGUGUUUUUGGUUGCAAACCGUUUUGCUACGUUGUGCCCUACUGAACAGACAGGGCAAAAACUAAUCUACUCAUAAUAAUCUGUUUUGCUCACAGGCCACACUACAACUUUGCAUCGUACCAAAAAUACCAGUUACCAAUAAUGUAAUUAUGAUGAUUAUAUUUCACACAAAGUUGGUGAAUAAAAAGUUUUCUGUUUUGGGGUAGAGGGAAUUGUAUUUGUAUUUUUAUGGUGUUGUCUGGCCUCACGUUGUUUAAGUUUGGGGUUAUAUGGGGGGGGGGGGGCUGUUAUGUCUGUCACACUAGUGCUAAAGAAUUGAUUGUAUUGUUGCUGAGGAGACGACAGAGCAUCGUUGCCGUAGAGAGCACCUGUUCCAUGGGAAGUCAUGUUGUUUUCUCCCUUUACUCCAUCUCAGAAUCUGCAUCCUAUUGGUUUAGCUCUAUGAUUUGGCCAAUCAGCAAGGGCUUUACUCUGUUAAUAACUGUUACCAAAAAGGCACCACUGGUUUUAUUACGAUAAACAAGGUAGUCUUCAGUUUCUCUGAUUUCAUUUUAUUUUUAUUCAGCUUAAAAUUGUUAUUUACAAUCAUACAUCAACUGUUAAGAGUACCGGGCAUUUUGAUAAAGGACAAACUAUAUAUUAAACAGAUAUACAGACAUCGUUACAGAGAACUCUUAUAUUGUAUUACCCAAAUUAGUGUCCUUGUUUACUGUUAUUAUAAACAUUUCAUAUAGCUUAUAUCUUACAAAUAAUGCUACCACUACUACACCAAAUUAGUCUUGUCUUUUUCUACCGGUCGUAAAUGGAUGUCACUGUACAGAUUGUGGAAUGUUCGUUUCUCUUUUUAUAAACCCUCUGCUUUAUUUUUGGGUGAGUUGCCUGAUUGUUUGGUCUUUAAUGUUCUCUUGAGGUUGGGGCAAGUUAAUUUGUUCGUUUUUUAAAAAUGAUUAUUUUCAUAUUUUAACUUGGUCUUUUUGUUAUUUGGGGUUGCGGGUAUUGUAGUUGUGUUUGGUACUGUGUGAAUUCCAAUUGGAACUUUUGUGAAACCGCAUUUUAGCAAUAACCGCUGAAUUAAUGCAAGAGCCAUUGUUGGCCAUCUUGCUAGCAUAUACCGUGAAUGCAUUUAAUCAGCCCUUACCUCAACUGGGGGGAAAAACGUCUCUCACAUUUUUAGAAAUCCCUUGAUUUCCCUUAUCCAUUUAACUUCGGCCAUUUUGUCUGGAUUGACCCUAUUUUUUAAAUAUUUUGUGUUCUCCCAGUAUUUUAUAGUAACGAUACAGUUAAACGUAAAAAUGGAGCUACACCUAUACAGGUUGAGCCAAUAUUGAGUCACAUACUGUAGGAUUCUACCACAUAAUAUUCUAUCUGCGACCGUAGAAUUCCACAGCACCAAAUCAAACGAUACAUUAAAGCCUUUGUCACUUUGUUUUGUUAGUAUAUUUGUAUAUUGCUCCCUCUUCUUCGUCCCCCUGUAUUUGAAAUACCCCCUCUCGUUUCUACCUCUGCCUCUUGUAUAUAAAACCCCACUGUUUCAAGACCUGUGAGUCUGUACGAACUCAUUUUAUACCUCAACUUUAGAAUUGUUCUAGAACGAGUAAAAAGAAUGACAAGUUGUAGUGUUCCUUAUUAGAAGAAAAAAAUGAAUAAAAUAAUUGUGCUUUUCA